AUGGCACGACACCAUUGUCACAGUCAACUGAUGGACCCUGGGUCUCAACCGCUUCUUAGUGGGAGAUCAACAGGAUCUGCUGAUGCUGAAGAGAGGCCUGGCUCUGCGAUCAUGGAAGGCACUGGAGAUAAGUGGCGUUCCAGAAGGAAAAUGAUAACUCCCACGUUCCACUUCACAAUCUUAGCUGAUUUUCUAGAAGUUAUGAAUGAACAAGCCAAUAUUUUGGUUGAUAAUCUUGAAAAGCACGUUGACAAAGAGCCCUUUGAUUGCUUUCUAGACAUCGCUCUCUGUGCCCUGGAUAUAAUCUGUGAAACUGCGAUGGGCAAGAAUGUCGGUGCGCAGAACAAUAGGGAUUCUGAAUAUGUCCAUGCUAUUUAUAAGAUGAGUGACCUCAUUCAUCAUAGACAGAAGUCUCCUUGGCUUUGGUCUAACUUGAUGUACCCUAUGUUCCAAGAAGGAAGGGAACAUACUAGAAGCCUCAAGAUCCUUCACAGUUUUACUGACAAUGUUAUUGCAGAAAAAGCCCGUGAAGUAGAGAAUGACACACAACAGAAAGAUGACUUUGAUGACAACUGCGAACAAAGUGUGCCCAAAAGGAGAAGGGCUUUUCUUGAUAUGCUUCUCAGUACAACUGAUGAUGAAGGGAACAAACUGAGCUACAUGGAUAUUCGAGAGGAAGUGGAUACUUUCAUGUUUGAGGGACAUGAUACAACAGCUGCUGCUAUGAACUGGGCCAUCUACUUACUUGGAUGCCAUCCUGAAGCCCAGAAGAAAGUUCACAGAGAAUUGGAUGAAGUGUUUGGGAACUGUGACCGUCCUGUCACAAUGGAUGACUUGAAGAAGCUCCGAUAUCUUGAGUGUGUUGUUAAAGAAGCCCUUCGUCUCUUCCCUUCUGUUCCAUUCUUUGCCCGCAAGACAAGUGAAGAUUGCCAUAUUAGAGGAUUUAAGAUACCAAAAGCAACAGAGGUAAUUGUGGUUCCUUAUGUGCUGCACAGAGAACCGGAGAUUUUUCCAGACCCAGAAGAAUUUAGACCUGAGCGAUUCUUCCCUGAGAAUUCUAAGGGAAGGCACCCAUAUGCAUAUGUGCCCUUCUCUGCUGGACCCAGAAACUGUAUUGGCCAGCGCUUUGCACAGAUGGAAGAGAAAGCUGUUCUAGCCAUCAUCCUACGACGCUUUUGGGUGGAAACUAGUCAAGAGCGAGAAGGGCUUGGCCUCGUGGGAGAACUAAUACUUCGCCCAAAUAAGGGCAUCUGGAUCCAACUGAAAAGAAGAGAGUGUGUGUCAGAAGAAGAAAGCUCUCAAGGAUUUUAGAUCUUAAAAUGUGCUAUAAUAAUCUCAGCUAGCAGUUGAUUCUCAUUGAGAUUUAUGUAAAUCUCUGCAUUUUAAAUGAUUGUAACCAUUUAUAAAGGAACUCAGUA